GUCGCGAUUGGAAUGUUCGGGAGGUGUCAACAAUCUAACUUCUACCCUUUGUGAUUUUCUCAAUUGUUGAUAAUUUUUAUAAUAGGCCAUUGUAGACUACAAUUGAGGCAUUUACUUCAGUCUGACAGGAUGGCCGACUCCAAAGAGGACUGGAAACGGAAAGAUGAGGGCGAUGAAGAGGAAGACGAGGAGGUCGAUGAAUCGGACUACAAAUCCCAAAAAGACGCCAUCCUCUUCGCCAUCGAAGUCAGCCCCUCCAUGCUCACCCAUCCCCCCGCCUCCGACUCCAAAAAAGCCGACACCGACAGCCCUGCCGCCGCAGCCCUCAAAUGCGCCUACCAAAUCAUGCAGCAGCGCAUCAUCUCCAACCCAAAGGACAUGAUCGGCAUCCUCCUCUUUGGCACCGCGGAAUCAAAGGGGCCCGAAGACAACGCAGCCUCCGGCAUCGCGUACCCGCAUAUCUACCUACUGACUGACCUCGAUGUUCCCGCCGCGAGUGACGUCAAGGCGCUGAAGGAGCUGGUGGAGGAUGAGGAGGCUGCGAAGGAGGUGUUGGUUCCGGCGCCGGAGGGGGCGGAGGUCACGAUGUCGAAUGUGCUGUUUUGUGCGAACCAGAUCUUUACGACGAGGGCGCCCAGUUUUGGGUCGAGGAGGUUAUUUAUGAUUACGGAUCGCGAUGAUCCGCAUGAGAGCGAUAAGGGGAUGAGGGCUGCGGCGGCGGUGAGGGCUAAGGAUUUGUAUGAUUUGGGGGUGGUGAUUGAGUUGUUUCCUAUUGAGAGAGGAGGGGCGGUGUUUGAUAGGAGCAAGUUUUACGAUGAUGUGAUAUACCGCGACUCAACAGACACAGACACACCAUCCACCACCAACGCCGCAGCAGGCGCCGACGGCAUCUCCCUCCUCAACUCCCUCAUCUCCAACAUCAACUCCAAACAAAUCCCCAAGCGCGCCCUCUUCUCCAACCUCCCCUUCGAAAUCGGCCCCGGCCUCACCAUUUCCGUAAAAGGCUACAACAUCCUGCAACGCCAAAAGCCCGCCCGCAGCUGCUACGUCUGGCUCUCCGGCGAGACGGCCCAGAUCGCCACGGGCGAAACCACCCACCUCGCCGCCGACACCACGCGCACGGUGCAGAAAGUCGACGUCAAGAAAGCCUACAAGUUCGGCGGCGAGCAGGUCCUUUUCACCAAGGACGAGCAGAAGGAACUCAAGAACUUCGGCCCCCCCGGCCUCCGCAUCGUGGGGUUCAAACCCCAAACUUUACUCCCAUAUUACGCCUCGGUCAAUAAAUCGACUUUCCUCUACCCCUCCGAGGAGGACUACGUAGGAUCCACCCGCGUCUUCGCCACGCUGUGGCAGAAACUCCUCGAUUCAUCUACCAUGGGCGUAGCUUGGUAUAUCCCCCGUGCCAACGCAAAUCCGCAGUACAUCGCCCUCCUCCCUUCCCGCGAACGCCUCGACCCAGCAACAUCCCAACAAAUCGUCCCCGCAGGACUAUGGGCCUACCCCCUCCCCUGCGCAGACGACCUGCGCGUCCCCGCCCCUGGACCGGCGCCGAUAGUAAGCCCGAAUGCCCUAACGGAUAAAAUGCAUGUUGUUAUCCAGCAACUACAGCUUCCCGGGGCGGUGUUUGAGCCGAGCCGCUAUCCGAAUCCGGCUUUGCAGUGGCAUUAUCGCAUAUUACAGGCUAUUGCGCUGGAGGAGGAGGUGCCGGAGCUGGCAGCGGGGGAUGAUAAGACGUUACCUAAAGGGAGGCAGAUUGACAAGCGCGCCGGGCCGUAUGUGGUUGACUGGGGACGGGCGCUGGAGGAGGAGUGGCUCGAGGUUGCGGAGGGGAAGGGGGAGAAGCUGGAGGUUGGGAUGAAGAGGGCGGGGGAGGCGAAGGAGGGGAAGGUGAAGAGGGUUAAGGAGAGUGGGUUGGAUGAGGUGGAGAGGUUGGCGAAGGAGGGGAGGGUGGGGAGCGCGACGGUGGUGAUGUUGAAGGAUUGGUUAGCGGCGAGGGGGUUGAAUGUUGGGGGGAAGAAGGGGGAGUUGGUGGAGAGGGUGGAGGAGGCUUUUGAGAGCAAGUGAGGGGUGGGGAAGGGGUUAUGGGUUAGGGGGUUUGGGGGUAUGGAGUUAAUGGUGGAAGGGGUAUGGUUGCUUGCAAAAGUGUAUAUACCCGACGCUUUUGUUGGGUAUAUGCUGAGGAUCUUGGGGGUCUGGUGGCUGAUGUGUUUGCUAUGCGGAUGAACAAGUGAGCGAUAAUGAGUUUUGACUGUCUAUGUCUCGCACCUCUUGUCCACAGUGAGCCAUCGGGGAGUCGUUUACUUCCUCCGCGCCCCUCAUCCAUAGUGAGUGGCCGUGGAGUUUUUGACUGACUGUUCGUCCCUCCGCAGAUCGUGGAGUUGCUGAUUGUCCAGCUGUCUAUCCAUCCCUGCACAUAUCCCAUGACAUCUGCAGUGGCUGAUUGAUCUACAGUGACUGGUGGUGGCGACAACACAUCGACCAACGCAUCUGCGUCAGCCACUGACGCAGAUACCGCGUCUCUCGUCUCUCGUUGGUUCGUGGUCUGGAGGCACAGCCACAAGCCACGGCGUGUUCAUCGACAACACACCGUGAGUGCUGUAGUACUGUCUCACCAUAACCGCCCUCUACCCAGCAGUGAACAAGACCCCUCGUCCACCUGGCCCGGAAGGCUCCCACUCCCCCCUCGCGCGCGGCAAACAAACCCAUAUAUAGACAACAUGGACAAUUCCGCGUCUUCAGAACCAUAUAUACUCUAUCCUGGCUCUAUGGCUCCCAUAUCCCCCCUAAGCGCCGCCCCCCUUUCAGUACGCGGUGUGUCGAAGUACCCCCAACCCGUUUCUAGCAGGGCAGGUACGACCGCGGCGUUGUGAUGUCAUGCCGCGUCUCGGCGGGCAGAUGGUUACAAUCAGUGGCAGCCAGGGAUUGGUGGGAGGGCCGAGGGGGAGAGCCGAGGGGGAGGGCGGCAGGG